UUAAGUAGUCACGGAACAAGUUCCUAAGUAUAUUAGUGCAUAGAACAGAUUAACUACCACCAGUGGUUGUUAUUCACUUCAUAAGAUAAAACGUGAUGAUGGUGUUUAAAUCUAUAGUCUUCUUCGCUCUGUGUAUUUUGGGUGCAGUACAUUCAGCUGUGUUGCCAAUAGAAAAAUGCAAUCUGGAAGAUUCGGCGUGUAUGGUAGCAUCUUUCCAAAAAGCUGUACCAGUGUUCAUGGAAGGAUUGCCCGACCUAGGUAUUCAAGUACUCGACGUGUUGGAAAUGGAUCCAAUCCAAUUUGAUCUUUCUGGCCUGCAGUUUAAAUUGACUGACGGUCGACUGAAAGGAUUGAAAGGAGCUAUAAUUGAUAGUGUGAAAUGGAAUCCUAAGAAAAAGAAGAUUGCCAUCGAGUUCCACGCAAACAGCACUGUCAAAGGGCAUUACACGGCAGGUGGCAGAAUUUUAAUUCUGCCUAUAACUGGAGAUGGCCAGAUCACUAUGAAGCUAAAGCAUAUCGCAGUCAAAAUCACAGUGGAUUACGAGACCGAGCAAGAUGGUGAAGGAAAAAACCACAUUGUGCCAAAGAAACUUCACUUUGACUUCGAAGUAAAGGAUGGAGCUCACUUCACCUUGACCAACUUAUUCAAUGGAAACAAGGAACUAAGUGAUGCAAUGCAUCUGUUCCUGAACGACAACUGGAAGCAAAUAUCGGCAGAGUUCGGCAGACCGAUAAUGGCUUCGGCGGCUAAUUCGAUAUACAAAAACAUUAUUACGUUCUUCAAGAAGAUGCCUAUAGACGAUAUUUCCCUUUCAUCUUAGAUAAUAAAGUCAUUGUUUCCUAAAGGUCGAAUAAAAUAUUUCAUUGGCGUUAAUCAAAUUGAGUUGUUUUAACAUCGGGGUUGUGACAACUCGAAGACAGGAUG